AUGUCGUCUUUAGUCUUAAAAAAUAUGGAGCUCUUAGGCUUGAUGGAUUUAGAGCCUCUUUUUUCCAUAAGUAUUAUCUUGAUUCCUAAAACUUCCCAGGCUGAUGUUAUUGAUCAAUUCAGGCCCAAAGCUCUUGCUAACUUCAAAUUAAAAAUAAUUUCAAAAGUUCUUAUUGAUAUAUUGGCUUCAAUUAUGCCAAGUAUUAUUUCUAAAGAGAAAAAAGACUUUGUUAAAGGAAAAAGUAUAAGAGAUUAUAUUGGUUUAGCCUGUGAACCAAUUAACUUUCUCCACAAGAAAUCUUCUGGUGGUAAUAUUGCUUUGAAAGUAUACAUUACUAAAGCUUUUCAUUCUCUUAACUGGUUCUUCUUGUUGCAGGUCCUCAAAGCUUUUUGCUUUAAUGAAAAGUUCAAUAAUUAG